UUUCAUUGGAUCCAAGUCCAUUUAAAAGCAACAAUUUAACAUGGCGGCGUCCACAGUGAAUAAUUUUUGUUUGUUAUCCGACGACGUUUUGCUGAAAAUCCUUGGAUAUUUGCCUACAAUAGACUUGUGUAAAUGCAGUAAUGUGAACAAAAGAUUUUUCCAGUUGUGUCACGAUCGUUCAUUAGUCAAGCAUUCCGAUUUUAAUAGCUGUUAUGACUUGACUGAUAACAUUUUGCAGACAUUUCUUUCCAGUACCACAAUUCACAUAGAAAGCCUGAACUUGAAUUACAGUUAUUGGAUAUCCGGGAGCCUGCUUGAAUCGGCAAUUUCUAGGUGCACAAAUAUAACAAAUCUGCAACUUCUACAAUGUAAAGUUUCCGUCAAAAGAUUGUGUAGAUUGAUGUCAUGUUUAGUGAAGUUAGAGACGUUCGCUUUCAGUACAGAAGAUAUACAGGAAUUCCACACUGAGCUCACACAAAAUUCAGUUGCCCAAAAAACACUUGCCAAUAUCAAAAAAAUAUGUGUCCAUUUCAAACACCAGUUAGAAUUUUCUAAAAGUAUUUCUAUGCAUUUUUUGUCACAACCAUCUUUCUUUGAAUAUUGUGAACAUAUUGAAGAAUUGCACAUAUUGGGUCAUCCCAGUUGUACCAAAGGAAUGCCCAAAUAUUUCCUUCAACCACAGAUCAAUAAGAAAGAAAAUCUUCAACACCUAAAAGUCCUCUCUAUCAAUGAUGCAAUUGAUCCUGUUGCACGUAUGUUUUUCUUCGGAACAUUGCUUGAGGUCUGUAAACUACCAUUACGAUUCAAAACAAUACUGCAACCUGUGUCUAAUCUUGAAAAAUUACAACAUAAACUACAUUUUGUCAAAUGUGUGCAACAAGUAGAUGACCUUGAGAAUCUUGAUCUUUCCCGAGCUUCUGUGGAAGUUCCAAAUCCUCUCUUUAGACUAGAACGUGCCACUCAGCUCAGGUUUCUAAGUUUAUCAGAUAACAAUAAACUCUUUUCUGACAGCUUACGUGUUAUUGCCGAAUGUUGUCCUAACAUGAUAAGUAUUAAUCUGAAUAAUUGUCAUAAUAUAACCACAAAUGGGGAUGAAAGUGCAGUUGAUGUCAGUGGUCUACAAAUUAUGUUAUUGAAUCUGUCAAAAUUACAGCACAUCAACUUGGCUGGAAUCCAUUUUCAUGAGUUAAAUUCAGGUGGUAGUUUGUGUGAAAUGCUUUCUAUUAAUUCAGCAUGGAAGAGUGUUGCCUUUUCUCCAUGCUGUUUAAAGUACAACAAAUCAAAUACAGACAAUGAAACGCCUAUCUCUGGGAAACGACUGUCCAGUCAAUGUGAUAAUGCAAAUAAUUUUGGUAAAAAGAGGAGGAUAGGAAUAGAAACACAGUCAGUAGAAGUUAUACCAUUAAAUGAAGCAACAGAAAAUGGUAAAAGUCCCCCCAAAUUACUUAUACCGUCAUGUCCAGAUGUAGAAUCGUUUGAGCUAAUUGGAGCCGAUUUUCGGUCAGGAUUUAAUAAAUACUUUGGAAUGCACCCCAAAACCUUUCACUAUCAAGCCUGCUCAUCGUAUCGAGUACGGGAUGAAGAUAUUUUAUGUAUUGGUCAAUGGAAAAAUUUAAAAUACUUGCAAUUAUCAGGAUUACAUGGAAUUCUAAAAGGACACUGUUUGAUAAACAUUGCCAAGGGCUGUGUUAAUUUAAAAAAGUUGUACAUAGCUUAUCUGGGUCUGAGUGGACAUUGUAGUUAUAUGUCUUCACUGUGUGCAGCUUUACCCCAUUUCCAGAAAUUACUUGACUUUCGGCUUGAGCAGCCUCAUGUAAAACUAGAUCAAACAUUUUUCCGAGCCCUUGGAUCAUGUCAGAAUCUAGAAAGAUUGUGUAUUUUGUCUAAAAAUGGCAGCUUUGAUACUGAAGGUGUCACAGUUUUUAUUGAGAAUGUUAAAUCCCUAAUUGUGCUACAACUAUUCACUGGUUCCACUUUAAAUUCUAGUCGAGCAUUACAAAAAGCUCUGUCAAUCAAGUACAAGACAUCAAGACCAGCAUUAUUUGUCACAAUCCAUCCGUUAUUUCACAAUGAGAUGCCUCAAAUGAGUUCUAACAUUCCAGCUAAACAUUUAGAUGACAUUACUAUUUUGGGUUCAGAAGUUUGUCGUAAACCACCUGGAUGGCAAUGGUGAAAUUUUGGUGUUAUUUAAAUGUGAACUAGGACCCCUCAAUACCCAGGUUCGCUUUAUGGCUGGGUUAAAUUUAAGGAUUUCGCUACAUGUACAUGUAUAUGUGCUAGUUUUAGACUUAUGUGUAUGCAUUAACCUACAAUACAUGUAUAUAUGUACUAUUUUGAGAGUUACCAUGUAUACAUGUAUGUUCUAUAAUGCUACCUAACCUAAUGUAUUGAUUGUGCUAGAAAUGCUUAUCUUGGAACAAUGCAGGGACCAACAUUUAUCACAAAAGUGAAAUUAAGAUUGUUCCAAAUGUGUUUAAGACUUGAGACAUUGCUAAAAAGUCAAUUCUUGUUGCAGUACAUGUAGCUAAAUUAAUACAUAGUGACAGAUAACUGUUUCAGAUGCUGUGUUUACUGGUAUUAAAUGGGCAAGUCAGUGGAACCCAAUUUUUGUGAAUCCCUGCAAUCUAGUGUGUUUUCAUUUUAUUAUGUAGUUUUAGGGAUUUAAAUAAUGAAGUGCUCGAUUUAUUUAUGGUGCAAUUAUUUUGUAUAUAAAUGUAUAAUAUAAUAAAGACAAUUUGUA